GAAGACGAAGAUGGAUCAGUGGAGGGGGAGGGGGCGGUGGUCGAGUCACGGGAACUGGAGGACAUGGCCAGCAGCGGUGGAAGCUCUCCCAGCCUGGGAAUCCCUGCUGGUGCAGCCGAAGGCUCGGGGGCCACUGGCACUUUGGAGGGCACACUGAGCAAGUGGACUAACGUAAUGAAGGGCUGGCAGUACCGUUUCUUCGCGCUGGACGAGAACGCCGGACUGCUGUCAUACUACACGGUACAUUUGGAUACACACACUUGUUGGUUGUGCACUUUUAUUGCGUGAUUUGUUUGCGUGGGAUCACUUCCCCACUUCGGGCGAAGGAGACAGAUUCUUGCGGCGCUGCGAGACCU